AUGGGAGGUCCAAGGCUCGAAGUUUUUAAGUUCGGUGUCUACAUUUUCACACCAGUCAUGUUCAUGGUGUACUUUGGCGCACCCGAAUUCUACGACAAACAUGUUCGAGGCUCAAAAUUCUGGCCUGCUCCAGAGACUGUCAACACACGCACCGGUAUUGACAAAAAGGAAUUGACAUACGAGGUCGAGCGCUUAAAACAGGAACGGCUUGCACGAAAAGCUGCACGGGAAGGUAUAUCGGGCGACAAAAACGUGUAGACACUUUUUUUUUAUCUAUCGCUACGAUGAAGACGUUUGUCCCAUUCGAUAUUUUUAUUAAUAAACGAAGAAAUAAAGGAGCCUAU